AUUGAAAAAAGGGUCCCAAUUUGCAUGAUUAAUGGAGCCAAAAUGAGUUAUAUGUUUUAAUCGAAAUGAGUCGAUUAGCUAGAACCAAUGCGCUUGCAUUGAGAAGGCUUAACACUGACGCAAAAGCCUUUGGCGCUUUUCAGACCGCUUUCCAACCCCAGCAAGAAAGUUUUGACAGGCCUAAAACAGGAUUUUUUGGAUUCUCAGAGUUAGCCGAGGGAAGUAAAGCUUACCAGAAAAUAACAGAUAAAGCCUUGUCUGAUGCUGAUCGCUUACUUCAGGAUGCGUUUAAAAAACGAGGGCGCUCCACUGUCAUAGAGAAGUUAGACGAUUUAUCGAACACACUAUGUAAAGUUGCAGAUAUGGCCGACUUCGUUCGGUUCAUUCACCCGCCACAUUCGGCCGCUGCUGGAGAGUCGGUGGCUCGGAUUUCAUCUCUUGUUGAAACUCUGAACACAGAUGUCCAAUUGUACAAACUAUUAGCCGAGGUGAUGUCGGGUCGUGGUUCCGAAAUGGAUGCCGAGACUUACCGAGUAGGUAAUCUGUUAAAAUACGACUUCGAGCAAAGUGGCAUCCACUUAGAGCGCACGAAACGCGAAGAGUGUGUGAAACUAAACGACGAAUUGCUCGAAAUGGGCCAAAAUUUCAUGAACGGAACUGCAAUGCCAGUCGCUAUUCCCAAAAACGAUUUACACAAAAAGUACGCGUGGAUGUAUACACCAUGCCAAGAUGUACCUGACCAUGUAGAAAUUACGCAACCUUACGCGGACCACGAUGACCCCGUAAUAAGACAUGUUGGUCACUUGAGUUUCUUCUUCAAUGAGCCGACACAGGCCAACCUUCUGAGCGCAUUUGUCAUGAAGCGCUUCCGCUUAGCAGAGCUGUGUGGCUUUAUGCAUUAUAGCCAUAAAGUGUCACAGCAUAGUGCUAUUGGGAAGUUCGAAAAUGUUCAAUUAUUUUUGGAUACUUUGAAUAGAAAGUUAGUCAAUUUUUCAACCCAGGAGUUCCGAGAAAUGCAGAUAAUUAAGAAUAAACAUGAAAGUAAGUCAGAAGAUUUCUGGCCAUGGGACGUACAGUACUAUAUGAAGAAGACACGACCUUUUGUUGAUAAAGAAUACAAACAGUAUUUCUCGUUACCCACCUGCAUGGCCGGUCUGAAUACAUUGUGCACAACAACAUUCGGAAUUUCGCUCGAACUCCAGUCAACUUCACCUGGGGAAAUCUGGCAUCCAAGUGUGCAGAAAUUAACGGUCAAAGAUUUAGAAAAUAACACGCUCUUGGGGUAUAUUUACUGUGACUUUUUCAUGCGGGAUUCGAAACCUAAAAAUGACUGUCAUUUUACUAUUCGCGGUGGAAAAAGACUUGACAACGGACAGUAUCAAGUACCAGUCGUUGCUUUGCUUUGUAAUUUUGUACAGCCUGAACACCCCGAAGAUCAUAUUUUGCUGGGAAUCACACAGGUUGAAAAUCUGUUUCAUGAGAUGGGACACGCUUUACACUCCAUGGUUGCACGAACAAGAUUCCAACAUGUGUCGGGAACCCGAUGUGUCACCGAUUUCGCGGAAGUGCCGUCGAACCUUUUAGAGUUUUUCACACAUGAUGACCGAGUGCUGAGGAAAAUUGCCAAGCACUGUGACUCAGGCGAAACUAUACCUGAAGAUUUAUUGCACGAUUUGCAGAAACAUCGAAGGUUUGGAAACGCGGCAGAUAUGCAGCAUCAGCUACUGCUCGCAACAUUUGACCAUCAAAUACACUCGGAAAAAAUGUUUCACAAUAUGCAAAUAGAGUACAAGAAAUUGUGUUUUGACUACUAUCCCAGUGUGAGUGUGGAUCCAUCAAGUGCAUUUUACUUGAGAUUUGGACAUUUAGUUGGCUAUGGUGCCAAGUAUUAUACGUACCUGUAUUGCAAAGCCAUUGCGACCAAAAUCUGGCUCGAUUUGUUCCAGCAUGAUCCUUUUUCACGCCAAUCUGGAAAUGACUACAAAGCUAAACUAUUGUCCCAUGGAGGUGGGAAAAAGCCUGAUGCUAUCCUAGAAAAUUUGUUAGGAUCGAACCCCAGUAUUGAUUCUCUGACUGACUCACUGAUAACCUCUCUAUAGUACAAUCUGAAAUCAAUAAACUCAAAAUUUAAUCUAACAAAAUGAGUUUUAUGAAUUAAGAAAAAUGAAGCUGUCGGAUAUUUUUGAGCAAAUGAUGUCGGACGGGUUUUUGAAGAUAAAAGUAUUUGCUUAUAUCCAGCUCAAGACCGUUGAAUUUGUUAAGGGGUAUUUUGAAUGUAAUGCUUGUAAAUAUAUGCACAAAGAAAGCUCAAAAAUUCUUCUUUGGUAGAUUCGGUUUUUAUUUACCCUUGCAAUAAACAAGGGUGUUGCUACCGGGUACUGCGUCUUUUUUUUCCUUAAAGAAUUUUUUCACAGAAUGGAC